AUGUCCCAACAACCUUCACCAUCCAACAACACUCUCUCAGUAGGACUCUACCCAUACCUCCCUGAAGGUGUUUUGGAAAAGAUCAAACAAGCCUUCCCAACCCAAAUUUCGGGAUAUCAAGUGAAAUUUGUUGACUUUAAUUGUUACGAAGAUGAGGACUUGGAAAGCCUUCCUGAUGUUGCAUGUGUGGACACUACUCUUCUUCCUUUCUUGGUCUCCAAGGGAGGAAUCAAGGCAUUGGAUGCUGAAACGGUGAAGAAUGUUGCUGGUGAAACUUUUGAUUUCGUUUCUGAAAGUGCCAAGGUGAAUCAACAAUUCUACGGUUUCCCACAAUAUUUAUGUGCUAACUUUUUGGUGUCAUCUCCUUCAGUUGCAACUCAACAAGUUUCAUCCUUGUUGCAAUUGGCUCAACAAGUCGGUUAUGAAAAGAUUGUUUUCCCUGGCAUUACAUCAGCAGAUGCAUACACUGUUCUUUCUUUGUAUGAGCAAUUUGUGAAAUCAUCCACAUCUUCAAUUAUUGAUUUGAAACAUGAUGAUCUUCCACAGAAAGCAGAACAAGUAGAUAGACAAGCUUGUGAAAAGCACAGAACAAUUUUGAAUUCUUCAAUUAUUGCAUCCGACGCCGAGUUUGUUUCUUCAGUGAAACAACACAAACCUUUGGCUGAUUAUUAUGUUGGAUAUAGUGAGAAUUUGAGCGAAAUCAAGUCUAUUCUUGAGAAGGAUAAUUACAAGAUUCAACUUAUUGGAGCAAGCGAUAAACCAUUCGCCUAUACUGACGUUUUGGUUUUGAACGCCAAUUUGUGCGAGGAAAAGCAAAAAGUUGCUGUAGAGGCAGUUCGUAACUUGUUGACAUGCCCAACAAUUUUGCAAAUCUUGUCUGAUGGUUUGACUCUUCCUGCUAACAAGAGCAGCAUUGAAAAGUUAGCUCAAACAUCAUCAAUUUACAAACAGUUGUUGGAACAAUUUAGCACAAUGGAUGUUAGAGUUUUGAGAAAUGUUGAUUUUGGAUCAAAUACUGUCAAGUCCACUGCUAAAGUUCUUAGACCAUACCUCCAACACAUUGCUGUUGCUACUUUACGUUGUUUGACAGCUGAUACUGUCGAAAAAAGCAAAGAGUGGACAUCCUGGUAUGCCAAUCGGAAUGAGUCCAAUUGCAUAUGUUUUGUGGAAAUUCUUCUUUAA